ACAUUGACAAGCAGCUGUUGUUUCGUGUUAGUGCUCACGUGGAGAGCUUUGCAGAGUCACGUUUGCUACAAAAACAGACAAUUUCUGUCAAUUUUACCACAAUGGAGCCCGUCAUAAAAAUAAAUCCAGGAGCCACGAAGUGGGACAUCCGUGAGAAAGUUUGGGACUACAUUGAAGAAAAGAACCUGGCCAACUUCCCGAGGCCUGUUCACAACAGAAUCCCAAACUUCAAGGGUGCAAUUCAAGCGUGCGACAGGCUGGCUGAGCUGCAGGAGUUCAGGUCCAGCCAGACAGUCAAAGUAAACCCAGACAGACCCCAGCAGCAGGCACGCUUUGUCACUUUGGAAGCCCAGAAAACCUUACUUGUUCCGACUCCUCGUCUUCGCACUGGUCUUUUCAAUAAGAUCACUCCUCCCCAGGGGGCCAGCAAAGAACAGCUGCGCGUUUGCUCCUCCUCACAGGGUGUGAGGGACUUCAGUGUGCCCGUUGGCCUGGAUGCGAAGGUGCUGGUGGACCUGGUGGUGGUUGGCUCUGUGGCCGUGUCAGAGAAAGGUUGUAGGAUUGGAAAGGGGGAGGGCUUUGCUGACAUGGAGUAUGCCAUGAUGGUUUCGAUGGGAGCUGUGAACGAGUCCACUGUGGUAGUUACUGUUGUCCAUGACUGCCAGGUGAUGGAUAUUCCAGAGGAGCUCAUGGGUAGUCAUGAUCUGACUGUUGACUACAUCCUCACACCCACCAGAGUUAUUAAAACUAACUGCCAGUUACCUAAACCGCAAGGAAUCAUCUGGACUAAGCUGGACCCAGAAAAGCUGGAGAGGAUCCCCAUCCUAAAGAAGCUGCGUGCUCUGGAGGAAGAGGCUGGAAAGGAUGUGACACUUGGGGAGGCAUCGCCUACAGCAGACUAUGGUCUGCAGACCAAUCAACCAAGAAGGCAACCCAGGCAGAGGCCGAGGCGGAACGAUCGACGGGAGGGUGAGGGAGAGUCCAAACUAGAGAAAGGUGUGCAGGCAGAACAGAAACCCAGACAGCAAACAGCUAGAAUGAGGAAAAAUAGCAGGGGAGAAAGCAGAGGAGCUAAGGAAGGACAAGUUGAUAAAAUGGUACGGAGAAAAGGCAGGGAGACCAAAAAGGAGCAGGGUCCCGAGGACAGUGGAGAUGAAGCAGGGAGUCAGCGUUGGCUCUCUUCAAGCAUAACCACUGUUUACCUGGGAGGAAUCCCCGCCGGGCUGCGCGUUAGCGAGCUUAAGAGUGCUCUCAGAGAGAGGAAGGCAGCUCCACUGAGGCUCACUUGGCAGGGAGCUCAACACAGGGCCUUCCUGGACUACAGUGACCGUGAAGCUGCAGACCAGGCCCUGGAAGCUCUCCAGGGUCUCGAUCUGAACGGUUCCAGCCUGCAGGCUGAGCUGGCCAAGAGCCAGCGUGGAGGCAAGAGAUCCGGACAGUCCAACAGGAGGCAGAGACCAUCCCCGGCACCCCAGUCCAUGGUGACCCCACCAGAAGUGAAAAGUGACCCCGCUGAGAAGACUGAAGAGUAAAACAAACAAGGAAAACAAAAAAAUGAAAACGUUUGUUUUAAUGCAGACGUAAAGCCUUUAGUAGUAUUAAGUCUGUUUUGUAUUUGAAGUGGACCUCUGUUACAUAAAACAUUUAUGAAAUAUGUACGGUAACUUGAUUUAAAAUAUUAGGCGACAGCAAUACACAAAAUGUGGGUAUAUCUAAUUUAGUAUAAUCUCAAAUUAUUUCUUAUGAGAGCUUUGCGUCUCGCCUCGUGUAAGAGAACCUGCAUGUGCCUUGAUCUGUGUACACACCAACUGGUCCUGGUGUGCUAGUGGCCUUUCUUCUUCAUGGUAAUCACAUGACACACUGCAGUCGUUUCUCUUUGCAGUUUUUGGUUUAAUACUGUUUGUUAUAAUUCAGGGGUUGAAUAAGUAAUUUUCUAUAUUCAGCUCAUGGUCACCUCCUCGAGGAAGGUUGUGUUUUUAGAGUUGUUACUAAAAAAUUACCUCAUCUAUGGGCAAGAGAGUAGGUUCUUUUUUUUUUUUUUUUUUUGCAAAUGGCUCCACCGUGUGGCGAGUUAUACAACUGCAAAUCAGGAGCGUAAAUCCUGGCACUAAAAGUUGAGCAUUUUUCAGUUUUGUAACUAGUUCUGAGUCCCUGUCGGCUGAUGUUUUCCAGUCCUGCUCCAUGGUGCCCACUGCCUCACAUGUUUUAGAUGCUUCUCUGCUGCCGUGCACCUGAUUUGAAUAAAAGGAUUGCAUCAUCAGCUUGUCAUCAAGGUCUGGGUAAAUCUGUUGAUGAGCCAUUAAUUUGAUCCAGGUGUGUGAGAGCUGUUAAAUAUCCGCAGCAAAACCAGCAGGGGAGUCGUACCUGAGGCACUGGGACACACUGAUCCAGGCCCAUACUGUUCUUCAUCACACAGGUCUUCAUAUUUUUUGCACCAUUUUUACGAAAUUUUUUCGAUUUUAUAAAAUUUGGGUGACUGAUUUUAUUUUUUAUUAUUACAUUGUCAAGAAGUGAAAUUGACCAGCUGAUACGUGUAUCCCAUGUGUUUUUUUUGUUUAGUUUUUUUUUAAUACAUUUUCUGUAUCUCAUAUAUAUAUAUAUAUAUAUAUAUAUAUAUAUAUAUAUAUAUAUAUAUAUAUAUAUAUAUAAUGAUGCUAUGAAGACACUGGAACAUGCUGGCAAUAUCAGUCCAUAUAUAAGCUACAACGAUAUAGUGGAUUUGAAACAUCAGAAUUUGACCAAGAUUAUUUCAACUUACUUGUACAAUUUAUCGUUCUAUGUGGUACAGGACUCAGUCAUUUUCUCUUUUAUGCGUGUUAGUAAAGAAAAGAAACUGUAAACAUAUUGUGUUGCCAUAAGCUAUAGCUCCUUGUGUCAGCUUUUUUUUUUCUUGUCUUAUUUUCUUUUGAGUAUUUUGGAAAAGAUUGUUGCUCAUCUGAAUUGUAACGUUAUUACUAUUGUUAUUUUUGAUUGUGUUUGGUAUGUUGACAACUGUUUACUAAAAUGUUUGUACUUGUUCA